ACACAGCCAGCCACAAAAGUCGAAACCUCGACUCAAGUUAUUCGCACAUAUUAUCAAAAUGGUAAGCAACACACAGAAUUGACCAUUCAGCAAAACCCACCUUUUAUGACUUCAGUUAAAGUUAACACUGGAGAAAAAAACACGGAAGCUAAAACCUCUCAUAAAGAAGCAAAAUACCCCCACGCUUCCUACUGUACACCUUCAUAUUCGCAAGUGAAAUCCAACAAGUACUCUCCUGUAGAAUAUGGUCUGCAUAAUAUAGGAAAGGCUUCUGACUACGAGAAUCAAAGUGAUCACAGCUUAACAGAAAUAACAAAACCCAAGGUGAAGAGCAAGUCACAAACAAGCUACACAUACAAAAUUCAAAACGGAGUAGCCAUAUUACAAACCAUAGAAAGGUGCGAAGACAAACCUACAACAACACGUAUUAAAAACGAAAAGGACGAACAAGUAAACGGAAAACAAACCUUAAGCAAUAGUGGACAAACAGAAGAAACAACAAAAGAAACGCCCUCCUUAAAAACACACAUGGCAUCAGCAACCAGACAAGGAGAAGAAAAGAAUAGCAGAGACUUCCUAAAGCACAAAAAAGACUCCCACGGAUUACAUGCAAUAGAAGAAUUCAAGCAGCACAGCAAUACCGUCAACCUUCAACAAACAGUGCCUCAUCAUAAAGUAGAAAAGAAAAAUGUAGAACAGUGGAUAACGCACGCCAUUAGAGAGCAAGACCUCCGUUCAGAAACGCGGCCUCCACUCAACAAGUUGUCAACAGCCAAAGUGCAAUUCCUUCAAAACCAAGAAACGCAGAGAGUUCAAAAGGUUACAUUCUCCACACCAGCAGAUAAAACCAUUCCCGAUUUCAGUCAGGACAGCUCAACCUUACAAACACAACAAAUAUCUUCGCCUCCAAAACUGGACAAACGCAAAGCCGAAGAGUGGAUAACGCACACAACCAAACACGAAGAGCUAAGAUCAGAGCCGCCUCCACCAACCAACAAGCUGUCGGCACAUAAAGUGCAAUUUCUGCAAACACAAGAAACACAGCCA